AUGGAAUAUCAAUAUCAAACACCAGCUCUGGACAGUCUCAUGGUUGCAAAGAAGCGUAAGGACUCUGCAGCUGAUGACCCAUCUCCUCAAAGUCCUGCUAGCAGUGGAAUACUCAAUCGCCGCCUCGAUAGCUCUAUCGCUUACCAAUCGUUCUCCAACAAUGGCUCACCUAUGCGCAGCCAGGAUAGCCAUGUUAUGCACAUGGAGGCAAGAAUUUUCAAAAACUUUGACACAAUCGAUGCUUCACUGAUGCGCAACAUGAACAUCGAAACGUUUUCAGACUACAUUGCCCGAGAGCGCCUGAGCUCUAUGCCUCACCGCGGCAGUUUGUGGGACAGAGUGCUUCGUUGGGCCGAGUUCUACGCUCUGCAGAUCGACAACUAUGCUAAGAAGAUCGAGUCAUUCGUUCCUGAAAGCCAGUAUGCGACGAAGCAGAUCUAUACAUUGCUGCGUAGCAUUAUUGCUCUCGGAGAAGCGAAUGCUAGUGCACUCAAUACGACCUUCUCAGUCUUCUAUAAGCUUGGCCUGUCCUUGUCGUUCUUGUCGUCAUAUGAAACCCAGCUGAGCUUGAGUACCGAUGUACGGGAGGACGUCAGCAGAGCUUUCCGCGACAUUCAUCUCCUAGUCUUCGAUGUGGCAUCUCACUAUCAAGGGUCUGUUCGCGGUCUCUCGCACGGUGCUGUGACCUUGGACUUCACUUUCCUCUUCCGAGAGCAUCUCAACAACUUUGAGAACCCANUCAUGAAUCAUAUCUGGAGCCAUGCCCUCGGUGGUGAUGCAGCCGGAGAAGUCCAUCAAGUCCGCAAGUGGCUCGACCAGACAACCUUUCUUCUCCGAACCAUAUCCGCCGAGUCCCUCACCUAUGUAUCUCAAUAUGACGAAUACACAUGUGAAUGGUUCCAACAGGAACUGCUCAACUUCACCCGUGGCGAUCGGGAAAUACUCGCCAUUACCGGUCCGCCUGGAUGUGGAAAGUCAGUGCUUUCCACCUGGAUCCAGGAGAGACUGCAACGUCGCUUGGGUCAGAAGACGCACAGCACUGUGAUGUUCUCGUUCGACUCAGACGUCCCAAGCGAGACUACAUCGCUGGCUUUGGCAAAGAGCUUGGCACUACAGUUGAUGGACAUCCGCCUAGGUAACGUUCGCAUGUUCGAAGCUAUCGUCCAGGCCUACAACAGCAAGAAUUCUAUGGACAUGGAACAUCACCUUUGGAAAGCUAUCGAUGCAGCCUUCUCCGACUCCUCUGAGCCUACAAUGAUCAUCAUUGACGGUCUAGAUCACCUCCGUGGCGAUGAGAAGCAGAUCUGUGAGCGUAUGGCGAAGCUUUCCACCUCUCAUCGCUCCCUCCAAUCCAUCAUCCUCGCGAGGUCUGAUAUUUUGCCCGAAGAUGACAAGGUCUGGAAGGCGUUCAAGAUACAACCCGAUCAUGUCUACGACGAUAUCCAACAUAUUGCCAAGCAUAAGCUCCGAGACUGCGCCGCUUACCACAAGCAAAAUGACACUGACCGACAAAAGUUCCUGGAGAAAUUAGUCAAGAAAGCAAAUGGUUCUUUCCUCUGGUUGUUGCUGGCCAUCAACGACCUCAUGCCCUCUAAGCUGCCAAAGGACUUGGAUGAAAACUUCAACUCGCUCAAAGAAAAACUUGACGAGAUCAUCAAANAGCGUGUCGACUUUGACAAUCUUGAUGGCGACACGAAGACCUUGAUCUCAAUCAUGAUGGUGACCGAGCGUCCACUGUCUAUCGAUGAACUGUAUGACGUCCUUCAGGUCGACCUUCAAAAGAAGACCAACACGCGUCGUGAAAUCGAUCUCAGGAGCAAAUUUGCGAAGACAUCUGCAUGGUUACGUCCCAACAAUGCAGGCUUUGUGAAGUUCCUGCACCCUGCCAUCAGAGAGUAUUUCCUCGCCUUGCAGGUCGGCGGAGAGAAGCUUCUUCCCCACAAAGAGGCUCACACAAACCUGGCAUUAAGGCUACUCAGCUACAGCAAGGCCUGUCUGUCUAAACCUCAUGAUGUCUCUCUCGAGCCUCUACCCCAAGGUGAUGUGGAGCGUUUGUUCUCAGAACACGAUCUGUUGCAAUAUGCUCUCCGUAAUUGGAUAACUCACUUCCGCCAAUCCACUUUGUUCAAGCCGACUGGUACUCUUGGUUUGUCGAAUGAUGUACAAGCCGCAUUCCCGAGUUCUCCAUUGAUGCCGCUGCUGGAGUGGACAUGCUGGGAUACACAGUUCACAACUAAUGAGCUGCUACCUGUGCACGAGCUUGCCCUGCGCAUCCGUUCUGAAGUCUUUCAAGACAAGCAUAUUUCGACACUGCAGACCUCCAUCACCUGCGCUUAUGUGUUCCAUAUGUACUCAUCUCCGGACACAGCCGCACAUCAUUUCGUUCGAGCUUCGCGAAUCUGUCAGCAUGUUUUGCCAAAACAUAAUCGCAUUACAGUCACCUUGACCGAGACUUUCCUGACUAUCACGGACUCGAUGACGUUUACCAGCCGUACAGAAAUGGUGACCUACAGAGAGGAGAUGCUCAAAUUCAUCAUCACAGCUUAUAAGGAAACUCAUGGCGAGACAAGUGACGUUGUCAUUCGUUUCACCAAGACCCUAGCUGAGAUGUAUGUCUCGAUCCACGAAGAAGACCUCGCAGCAGCGUGCUGGAAAGAACUUCGUAUUGUCAUUGUCAAGAAAUACGGCGAGGGCUCUGACUUCGAGAGAGAGAUCUCAGGCAAACUCAUGGUGGUCUUGAAAGCUGAUCACGACUUUGAUCUCCCAAAAUAUCAUGGUGAUAUCUUCUCAGUGGGCGACGAUAGCGCUGUCGUAUGGAAUCUUGCAAGGUUUCAGAUGUUUUUGAAACUUGCACGAGGUUGCGAGCAUCGUAAAGAGUUCUACGAAGCUGAAGAACUCUAUGUUACACUCUGGACGCGCCUACUUGGGUUGUGCAGGAGUCAACAUUCGCACGAUGUUGAGACUCGCAUUAGCAUGCUUCAAGUGGCUGUUGAAUACGUUCACUUCCUAACAAGACAACAACGCAAGGNNGAAGAAGCAAAGAACAUGCUUAUUGUCUUGUGGACCGAGCACAAACACUUCGGCUGCGAAUCUGAGACUUUCUACCAGCAACUGAUGAUUAUCGGUAAGCUGAUGAGAUCUUUGGAACUCCAUAAUCUGUCAAUCUCUGUCUUUGAGCGCGUCUCGAACUUCUUCAAAGCAGUCGGCAAACACGAGAGUAGCUACGCUCGGGAGUGCGAAGAGACCAUAAUCAAGAUCAUUCAAGAGACCUCGGAGAAGCAGUCCUCUUCUUCCUCCAGAAGCGAAUCAACCGACGAAAUGCAGACGAUCGUGCGCAGGAUGUUCAACUCUUCGACCACUACCUUGUCUCAGGAGACCAUCAAAGUGGCUAGAUCCGCUGUCCAGAUGUACAUGAAGCAAGAAAAUUGGUCCGAGGCCAUUAGUCUUCUCACCAAGACGCUUGAUCUUAUGCAUUUUACUGGUUCAUGGGGAGGCGGAGUGUGCUUGCCUAACGACUUCGCCGAUGAGUCCAUAGAGUUCGCUCUCGAACUUGGAAAGUGCUACACCAGAAGCAAGCACUACUCAGAGAGCUUGGCGGUCUACCUUCAGCUCUGGCAAGCAGUGCGAAGUUCUUGCAGCAUCGACGACAAGCGAAGAACCAUUAUUCUCGACGUCAUCAUCCAAAAUUACACUGAGCACAAGAGAUGGAGAGCUCUGGUCGAGCUUCAUAAGGAUCUACUGCUGGAGUACCGCAGAUAUCUGGGAAAAUCCCAUGAGCGAAUAAUCGGACUCCUGUACUUCUUGGGUGAUUUGACCCUUGAGCACGGUUAUGGUUAUGCCGAAGACUACUACCGUGAAAUUGUUGACAUUAUUGGAACGUCCAAUACCAAGCUUUCGUUCAGAGCCUACAAGAGACUCAGCCAGAUCUACUACGAUGAGAGCAACUGGGUUGAGCUCAGGAUUGUUUGCGACGUUCUUUGGAAUCUCCUCACAACACAGACCAAGGAGUAUGACUAUGACGAAAACUACGUCGAGCUGUUAUACAUCAGAUACGCCUACGUUUUGAAGCACCACACCAGAAACAAUGGCAAGGNNGCAGACCAUAAGCUCUUGGUUCUCAUCGCCAAGCAGUACCGAGACAUCUGCAUAACAAAGUUCGGCGCCUCGUCUUCGAUUGCCAUUCGUGCCAGGAUUGAACACGCCUCGAUUCUCAUGGAGGACGAGUCAACCAAGGUCGAAGCUGUUACCGCUUACGAGGAGAUUAUUACCACGACCAAGAACAGUAAGGUUGUGGUUGACGAAAAGACUAUGUCAAUGGUGAAGAGCCGUAUGACCGAAGCCUAUGUGCACGUACACCGUAAGGGCAUUUCGUCAGCAGAAACAACCGAGAAAGCCAUCGCAGUGCUCCAAGAAAGGCUUGAACAGCUCAAGAGUUUCCACGGAUGUGCCCACUCUGAAACACUAUCUAUCCUCAGCGAGCUUGUCUCAAUGCGCUACAAGACCAAGAAGACAACAGAAGAAGAGCACACGAUCAUCCGUAUGCUCCAAGAGAACACCCUCGAGAUCAUCACCAAAGAACAACGAUCUCAGGUACUUUUCGAGGCGGCAAAUAGCCUUGGUGCUAUGUACAUCACCUGCGGCUACCACACUCACGGUCUCCAGCUUGUUCGGGCUGUCAGACGUCAGAUCAUUACGGGUCAUGCAGAAGCAAAGAGCGGCUUUAAACUUGACAAAUCAAUCGGUCGUGUUGCCUUUGUUUUCCUCGUGACCUUCGAGUUGACGCUCAAGGGCUCUUCUGGACAUAACUACUCCGAGGUAAUGGCAGACUGGCUGACCGAGUCUGUUUUGUUUAACAACUACUCUCGUUGCUUGACCACUCAAGUCAAGACAGAGCAGCUACUCCUACGCAGUGCUCAUCUCAGACAUUUCUGGCAUGACCGUUCACGUCAUGAGGACAUCCAGGAGCUCGACCAACACGUGUUCGAGAUCUUCAACAAGCAAUUCGGCAAUGCCCUGAAGACAAGGCCGGAAAUGAUCAAGAUUUUCUUGACAUCGCUUCUUGUCCACAUCGGGUCCGCUGAUGCUUACGAUAUCCAAGCUGCUAGAGCCGCAUCUGUUGCCGGCGACCACAAGAUCGAAGCACUUGUUCUAAGUGGCAAGCACCAGGAAGCAAUCGAAGUGGCAUACUGCACCUUCCAGUUCGUCAUGACUCAAGGCGGCUACCAGCAAGCUGGCCUGAUUGGCUAUGGUUUCAAGGUGGCCAAGUACUUGACCAUGAAGGAAAACAUCCCGGCUGAGAUCCACACCAAGAUGCUACAAGCCUCAAGAGAAAUUAUGGCUGAAGUCUUGAAUGCAUGCAAGACCUUGGAAAUUAACUUCCUGCAACUGCACGAUCAUGAACUCAAUGAUCUUGUUGAGCUUCUCGGUGAGCAAGAAAACUACAAAGAGCUUGACACCAUUCUCGAGUCUCUUUGGAAAUCUCGAUCAGGCCAGAGAAAUUGGAGUGAAGACACACUGAUAAAUCUCGGAGAGUGUCUCGUUGUAUCACGUCACCUGGCCUCCGACAAGGGACACUCUCAUCGUGCUAUUCACCUUGCCGAAGACAUCACUUACAACCUACGUCGUGUGCUUGGUGGACUUCACCCUCACACCCUCAAGAUGUCUAAUCUGCUUUCUCAGCUGUACACUAGUGCAAACUUGCACGGUGAAGCUCUCAACGUGCACGAGGAGAUCUUGCAGCUCAUCGUCUCUGGCGAUGAUGGCGAGGAUCAUACCACUGACACCGUUAGCGCCGACACUGCUCGUCAGCAAGUCGACCUCCUGAAGGCUGCCUACCAGCGCAACGGUGGCUGGGUCAAAUCCGCCAAGUUUUACAAGGAUCUUGUUACCGAUUUGACAAAGAUGUUCUCAAAGUCCUCCGAUUUCAAGGAUUUGCAACCGAUCAAAGAGUGGCAAGCCAAACCUGACAACACGACUGCCAGCAAGGGCGUCUUCAAGAAACCUCAACAGUGGAUAUUCAUUGUCGAGGAUGACAUUCCAACUGUGAAGGGCGCAAGACAUAUCCAUAGCAGCGCCUCUGAGGAAGGCUUCCAGCGCGCCCCUCAGCCCAUCAAGAAGGGUAAGCAGAUUGGAUGGAGUUUUAGACGCGCGUCUGAUCGCUUGGGCAUGAGACAGCAGAGAGCUGGAAGAUUGGAUGCGGAAAUUACGAUUUGA